CAAAGUUUCAAACUCUGAAGAAGAAAGCCAUAGUAAUUGAAGGUGAAACAACACCGCGUGUGACUCUCUGUUUCUUUUGGCGCUCUUCUCACUCUCAGACACUCUUCCUGAAGUAGCAGAGGAAAAAGAUGGGAGUUUUAAGCACUUUCUUGGGAUUCAUCGGCUUUGGCAUUGGAAGUUUGGUGGGACUCUUGGUGGGUUUCUAUCUUUUCAUCUAUUCAGAGCCUGAGGAAGUGAAGGAUCCAAUUAUCAGGCCGCUGCACGAAUUAGAUUCUAGUACUUUGCAAGGUCUUCUACCUGAAAUACCAAUGUGGGUUAAAUUUUCCGACUAUGAACGAGUUGACUGGUUAAACAAGUUUCUCGUUGACAUGUGGCCUUACCUUCACAAGGCAAUUUGUUCUACAAUAAGAAGCAUGGCAAAACCUAUAUUCGCUGAGUAUAUAGGGAAGUAUCACAUUGAGGAUAUUGAAUUUGACAAGUUGAGUCUUGGAAAUCUGCCACCCAUAAUUUAUGGUCUAAAAGUUUAUGAGACUAAUGAGAAUGAAUUAGUCAUGGAACCGGCAUUUAGAUGGGCUGGCAACCCUAACAUAGUUCUGGUGUUGAAGUUGUUGUCUCUAAGAAUUACAGUUCAGUUAGUGGAUUUGCAAGUAUUUGCAGCACCACGGGUAACUCUGAAACCUCUAGUGCCGACUUUUCCAUGUUUUGCAAGCAUUGUGGUGUCUUUAUUGGAGAAGCCACAUGUCGAUUUUGGAAUCAAGGUAUUGGGAGGGGACAUCAUGGCCAUACCAGGCCUUUAUUGGUUUGUUCAGGAGACCAUCAAAAAACAAGUCGCAGGCCUCUAUCUAUGGCCUCAAACACUGGAAAUACCUGUUCUUGACGCUUCAACAGUUGCCAAGAAGCCUGUGGGGAUCCUUCAUGUAAAGGUUAUUCGAGCGCUGAAGCUUUUGAAGAUGGACAUCUUGGGAAGUUCCGAUCCUUACGUCAAACUAACCCUCACUGAAGAUAGGUUGCCAGCAAAGCAAACCAGUAUCAAAAUGAAUAAGUUGAAUCCUGAGUGGAAUGAGAAGUUCAAGCUUCUUGUGAAGGACCCUCAAACUCAAGCUCUUGAGUUACAACUCUAUGACUGGGACAAGGUUGGCAGACAUGACAAAUUGGGAAUGCAGUUAGUUCCUUUAAAAGUACUAACACCCGGUGUGACAAAGGAAUUUGUGCUAGAUUUGGUCAAGAACACAAAUAUCAAUGAUCCUCAAAACAAGAAGCAUAGGGGGCAAAUCGUGGUGGAGCUUGCUUUUGUUCCUUUCAAAUCAGAAAGCAGUAAACUUAAUGGAUCUAGUAAUGGUUUUGGGAAAAGCGAAAGUGGAAGGUCAUCGGAGAGUGAUGAGUCCCUUAGUGGAGCUGGUGUACUAUCCGUUUUGAUCCAGGGAGCUGAGGACGUAGAAGGGGAGCAUCACAACAAUCCUUAUGCUUUGCUUUGCUUUAGAGGAGAAGAAAAGAAAACUAAGAUUAUUAAGAAAUCUCGUAAUCCACUUUGGAACGAAGAUUUUCAAUUUAUGCUCGAUGAGCCUCCUUUGAAUGACAAGAUUCUUAUCGAGGUCAAGAGCAAAAGCAGAGCCCUAAUCCGAGCCAAGGAAUCACUGGGAUACGUGGAAAUUAAUCUUGCCGAUGUGGUACACAAUGGCCGUAUCAACCAUAAGUACCAUUUGAUUGAUUCCCAAAAUGGAAGGAUACAUGUAGAGCUAAGUUGGACAAAGGCUUGAAGACAUGGGAUUAGAAAACAAUGAGUUGCAAGUGAUCUCAAGUCUCAACUGUCAUUUCCAACUGUUCCGACCGAUGAUUUACGCGUUUGAAUGGGAGGAAGAGAAGAGGAGACGGAGAGAGAUUCUUGGAUCUCAUACAUUGUUUUGAUUUUUCAAUUUUUAGAGUAGUCAUUCAUAGGGAUAGGGCAAAUUGGUUUAACAUUCUUUUUACAUCCCAACAAUUUUGAAGUAGAUUAUGGUGAAUUAGUAUCUUAUCAACCAAUCUUGUACAGUUGACAAUUAUGAAGCAACCUUAAAGCUAAAGGGUAGUGCUAUUCAUGUAUCCUUUUUUACGUCCCA